GGCGUCGGGCCGGAGCAAGGACUGAGGCCAAGCAGCGAGCGGGCGGCGCGGCCCGGCCCGGGGAGGCCUGGCGCCCGCCCGCCCGCCUACCAUGGGCUGCGCCCCGAGCAUUCACGUCUCCCAGAGUGGUGUGCUCCACUGCCGUGGCUCGGACGGCUCCAGCUCGCCGCACCGAGGCGGCGCUGCGCCCAGCCUCGCCAGCAGGGCAGCCGGCCCGAGUGUCGAGGCGGAGACCGACAGCAGCGGCCGGGCCGGGGUCCAGGUGCACAUUCCUUUAUCCGAAAUUCUGAAAUCCAGAAAGCUCCGAAAACCGAACAACAGGAAUUCUGCAGAUGCUGGAAAUUCAAGCAACACGCACAAAAGUUGCUGGUGAACGCAGCAGGCCAGGCAGCAUCUCUAGGAAGAAGUGCAGUCGACGUUUCAGGCCGAGACCCUUCGUCAGGACUAACUGAAGGAAGAGGAACAGUGACUGAGGUUCAGUUCGGACCAAUGAAGAUCCAACAGGAAGCCAUUCAGGUUCUUCUCGUGUUUCCCAGGGAAGAUAGCCAGAGUGCCGGGUUCUACUGGGCAUGUGAUCGGGCAGGGUACAAGUGCAAUGUGGUACAGACACCAGAGGCUGCACUGAGGUGCUUCUUGGACAAAAAUCAUGAAAUCAUCAUCAUAGACAACAGGCAUUCCAAGUAUUUUGAUGCGGAGACAUUAUGCCUGUCUAUCAGAGCAACACAAUCAUCGGAAGGCACUGUCAUUGUUGCUGUUGCCAAACAAAUACAAAAGGAUCAGGAGGAAGUCUCUGUGAUGCCAUUGCUUACUGCAGGAUUCACACGGUGGUACAUCGAGAAUCCCAGUGUCAUUGCCUGCUAUAAUGAGCUCAUCCAGUUAGAGUUUGGAGAAGUCCGUGCACAAUUCAAACUGAGGGCAUCUGGUGCAAUCUUCACAGCUCUGGAACAAUGCCAAGAGUCUAUAGAAAUUACAAGUGAAGAUAAUAUUAUUCAGUAUGUGAAUCCUACAUUUGAAGGAAUGAUGGGUUACCGGAGAGAGGAAUUGAUAGGAAAGAAGUUAACGCAAAUGAACAAGAGCGACAAAAAUAAAGCUGACCUUCCAGACACGAUCAAAUCCUACAUUAAAAAAGGGAAGGAAUGGCAAGGAAUGUACUAUGGGACAAAGAGAAAUGGAGAUAGCAUUCGCCAAAAUGCGAGGAUAAUGCCUGUCGUAGGACAGGGAGGGAAGAUUAGACACUAUGUGUCUAUUAAGACUCCAUGUAAUGACAGCAAGGCUGACACACCCAGAUUGUCUGAUCGACUUCACGUUGAGUCACAAACAGAAAUCUGUACUUCAAAGUACAAAGGCAGGAGGAAAAGUUCUGAUGUCAGAUCCAACACAUCACGAGGGAGUGAUGGUAGCAACCAGGCUCGGAGAUCCUCUAUUGCUAGGAUACAUUCCAUGACCAUUGAGGCACCAAUUACCAAGGUAAUAAAUAUAAUAAAUGUAGCGCAAGAGAACAGCUCUGAUGGAGUGGCUGAAGCCUUGGAUCGUGUGUUGGAAAUCCUCCGGACCACAGAACUGUACUCGCCACAGCUCGGCAAGGAUGACGACCCACACGCCAGCGAUCUGGUCGAUGGCUUGAUGUCGGAUGGCUUGCGGAAACCAUCUGGACAUGAGUACGUCUUCAAUAAAAAUACCCAGUCAAGCUUCAGCCAGUUGCCUAUUUCUACCUCGCUCUGUGAUAUCCCUCCUAGGAUUACUGAGUUGAUGGAAAAUGAGCAGGCUUGGGAUUUCGAUAUCUUUGAAUUAGAGGCUGCAACUCACAAGAGGCCUCUAGUCUAUCUUGGGCUAAAAACACUGACACGUUUUGGAGUCUGUGAAUAUUUAAACUGUUCUGAAUCGACUGUUCGCUCUUGGUUGCAACUUAUUGAAGCAAAUUACCACUCCUCAAAUUCCUAUCACAACUCAACACAUGCUGCAGAUGUGUUACAUGCAACUGCUUAUUUCCUUAAUAAGGAAAGAAUUAAGCAAAGUCUGGACCGUACUGACGAGGUGGCGGCUCUUAUUGCAGCCAUUAUCCACGAUGUUGAUCAUCCUGGCAGGACAAACUCGUUCCUAUGCAACGCAGGCAGUGAGCUGGCUCUUCUUUAUAACGACACGACCGUGCUGGAGAGUCACCAUACAGCACUGGCAUUUCAGCUGACUACACACAAUGACAAGUGCAACAUCUUCAAGAACAUGGAGAGGAAUGAAUACCGGAUUCUCCGACAAGGUAUCAUCGACAUGGUCUUUGCCACUGAAAUGACCAAACACUUCGAACACGUCAAUAAGUUUGUGAAUAGCAUCAACAAGCCUUUGGCUGGAUUGGAGGAAAAUGGCAUUGGGAGUGGCAGAAGCAAUGAGGAUUCAUCCAGUUUCAACCUCAGCUCCACUGAUAACCGAACUUUGAUCAAGCGCAUGCUAAUUAAAUGUGCUGAUAUCUCCAACCCCUGUAGACCGCUGCAAUUCUGUAUUGAGUGGGCGGCCCGUAUUUCAGAGGAAUACUUUGCUCAGACUGAUGAGGAGAAGCAGAAAGGCCUCCCUGUGGUAAUGCCUGUGUUUGACAGAAAGAGCUGCAGUAUCCCCAAGUCUCAGAUUUCCUUCAUUGAUUAUUUUAUAACUGAUAUGUUUGAUGCCUGGGAUGUGUUUGCUGACCUACCCAAUCUGAUGCAACACUUGGGGACAAACUUCAAGUACUGGAAGUACCUGGAUGAGCAGAACCUGUCUUCCAUCCGUCCUCCCCCUGAGCAGUGAUUGGACCAAGCGCUACCACAGCUGUUGCCAUUCUGCUGUGCUCUGUGGUGACGUGACUAGACCGGGUCCUGCUCGUGAGAUCGGGGGAGCAGGGAUGACCUUACCCUGGCUGCCACCGUGUGAAGCUCUGAACAAGAACAGAAAUGGAGUGCACCUUUACAAGGCUCAGCCCUCCCUGUGCUGGCUACUUCUGCAUUUGCCUCUACCUUUUGGGUCUAAAGUUGUCUGUUCACCUGCACAAGAGUUGCUCAUAAAACAAGCCCAUGCCACUGAGAAAUGCAACAUGUCAUCAAAGAAAUGGUGUAGGGAAUGUAUUGUGCUUGUUUUUCCAAUCUGUAGGAAGAAGCACUCCCUCAUCUCCUGAGCACUACUGAUACCAAUUUAUAGUUUGUAAAGAAAAGAGAAAAUAUAUAUAUCUAGGGAUAAAUGUUUUAAAACUUUUCUCAAAUGGGAUCAUUAAUUAUUAUAAUUUAGAUAAUCUGUUUAUUUAUUUUGUUAGAUGUUUAAUAUUUUCUAUGAAUUUAUAUAAAUACUUAAAAAACCAAAGCAAACGUUCAAAUAAUAACAUAAAUUGGCCUGAUUUGAUGCACUAGUGUACUGACCUCUUAUUCUCCUGCUGGAACUGCAGCCUUUUUCAAGACAUGGUGUAGGAGGCUAAGCUAUCUCUUGAUGGCAGCUCUUUGGACUUUGACAAGGUUAUUGUUUGCCUCAUAACUUUUUAUAAAUUGUGCUCAAUUC